UACAAUAGUACUCUCAUAAUUGCAGAAACAUAAAUUUUUCUUACUGUAUUGCUUCUUAUACAAAGAAAAUAUACAUAUGAGUUUGGAUCGGAUUCGGAUUGCAUUUUAUAGAAUCCGAUAUCCGAAAUGUGCUAAAUCCGAUCCGAUCCAUGCACAGCCCUACACAACACACACUCUAAUAGCAAUGUUGUAGAAAAAAAUGUAAUGUUAUGGAACGCCAAAAUAAUCAAUUUACAUCAUCUUGACAUUGUAAAAAGAAGCAACCUUUUGCGGUCCAGAACACAUCUAUUAAAGUGACAGGUACAUCAUUGACCUCUUCAAACAUGUGAAAAGUCUUGCCCCAAAUUUAAAGUCCAGAACAGGUGAACUCCAGAAACAAAAAAGUGCAAUUCCCUUUCUCAUAAGUUACUUUUCUAUCUCGACUCUAAACAAACGUAAACUAGGAAAUUUAUGCCAAAAGCAUAAAUUCCUCUUCCGAAAAUUAUAAUUCAAAUUUCCUGAUUUGCUUCUAUUGCUUCACAGACUGUACACUACUCCUAUUCCUCUAACAAAUGGUUGGAUAGCUAGACAUUCUGCAAUUCCCUGAGGGAAGAUUCCCAAUAUGAGUUAUCAAUAUGCCAAGACUUUUUGCAAAUGCAUCAUAAAAAAUACUAACAAAAUCUGCAUCAGCAACCAUGGAGCAACAUAAGGAUGUGUUACCACAGGCUGGAGGAUGGACUCCCGACGUUACUUUUUGCCUUAAAUAAAGAUGAAAACAGUGUCACCCGUAAACAUGAUUACCAACAGGGGCCAAAGUAACUUUCUACAUUAUAAGGUUGAUGAUACCAAUCUUCCAGGUGUUGGUCGCUCACGGAAUAGAAACAAGGGAAAGGAUCUGUUCAACACAGACUUUCCAGUGAAUCGCCCUGUGACAAGAUCCAUUCUGCGUGACCAUAACAACUUGGUAUCAGAGCCAAACACUAUGGGCGAUCCAAGCAAACGUGAAGAGUUACAGGCUCUCCUUCAAGAGGCGCAGGCUGCCAACGAAGCACGAAUAACAGAAGCGGUGGCACAAUCUGAAUCAAGGAUGGUUAAUCAGCUGCAACAAUUAUCGUUACAAUUGCAGGAGUUCAUUGUUGGGUUUAACAAAAAUAAAGGAAAGGAUUCUGAUGCUGGAGCGAGCAGCAAUGUAGGCAACCAACCCUACAGACCAGAGAAUCGGCCUAAUCAGCUGACAGGAAAUAGUGUAGUACCAAGGUACACAAAGCUGGAUUUUCCUACUUUUGACGGAUCUGAAGACCCAUUGAUUUGGCUCCACCGUGGUGAGAAAUUCUUCUCCAAUCAGAGAACAAAUGAAGUAGAUAAGGUGGAAUUGGCAGCAUUCCAUCUUCUAGGUGAGGCACAGUUAUGGUAUCAUCAAGUGGAACAAGAGUAUCCCUCUGUUGAUUGGUCUGAAUUCAAAGAAUAUUGUGCUCUCAGGUUUGGGCCUCCACUGGGCAGUAAUCCACUAGGUGAUCUGGUUAACCUUAAGCAAACAGGCUCAAUUGAAGAAUAUCAGCGCCAAUUUCAAGAACGGUUAGCUAGGGCCAGUAAGUGUGUUCGUGUUGACCAGCAAGUUAGUCUUUUCACUGCCGUGCUGAUCGAUUCCAUUCGGCUUGAUGUUGAAAUGCGUAGUCCACCAGAUUUGGUUCAUGCCAUGAAUAUAGCUCGAGCUUUUGAAAAGAAACAGAAGUUGGUGCGGGCGACAUCUUCUCAAAGUGAGACUUGGCAAGGGACUAAAGGCUAUUUCAGUACUACUACAAGUUCAACAAUUCCAACUCCAAAGGGCAGCAAUGCACCAGGUGGUAUUACUGAACCAAAGUUGGUAAGUUCAUCUGCUCCUUUCAUAAAGAAGUUGUCACGAGCUGAAAUGGCAGAGAGAAGGGCAAAGGGAUUGUGUUAUAAUUGUGAUGAAUUGUAUUCGAUUGGGCAUCAAUGUAAGAAGCUAUUUUGGUUGGAACUUGCUGAUCAGGAUGCUGAACAUUUUCGUAAUGCUUAUCCAGACUUCGAGCUUGAGGACCAAGCUCUGUUUAAGAGGAGGGUGCUCACGGAUUUAGAAGAACAACGGGAACAGCUUGUUCAAUCACAGACUUUCAGUGAAUCGCCAUGUGCACAAGAUCCAUUCUGCGUCGACCAUAACAGGGUGCCCCAUGAAAAAUAG